CUACUUUUUCUUUCCUUCUCAUUUGAGUGGAAUUCAAAUACCAAAGUCACAAUCACCUCUUUUUUCUUUGUUUUGACUAAAUUCUUCUUGUAAUCUUCACUUUUUUCAAUUACAAUUUUUUGGGUUUUGUUUUCUUGAUUUGCCACUUAUCCUAAACACUUCAAUUCACAUGUACUAAAUGGACAAGAAAAAUUUGUUCUUGAACAAUGUCAACACAAUGAAUGAGUUAAAUUGUACUAGUAGUUUUUACAAUCCCAAUUGGGAGAAUUCUUCAAUGGAUCAUCAAAAUAAUCCAUUUGAAUCUAAUAUUAUUGUGUCUAGUAAUAGUGACAAUUUUGUAUUGAGGGAAGUGAUUGGUAAAUUAGGAAACAUUUGUAAUUCUGGUGAAAUUUCACCAAAUUCUUUUGUUGAUAGUAAUAACAAUUCUUGUUAUACUACUCCAUUGAAUUCUCCUCCAAGACUUAAUCUUUCCAACUUUGAUCAUCAAAUCAAGGGAAAUUUUCCAAUUAAUAGUACUAAUUUGUCACAUUUUUCUACUAAUCUUGGAAAUUUUUCUUGUUUUGGUAGUAACAAUUUGAGUGGCAAUGAAUCAAAAUUUGUCCAAAAUUUGGAAAGUUGUAAACUUUCAAGAAACAAGUCUAUCAAAGAAAGUGAAUUUGGAGAUUCAAGAGAAAAUUCUUCAGUUUCUGAACAAAUCCCACUUGAAGAAAUUGGAAUCAAAUGUCAAAAUAAUUCCAAUUCCAAGAAGGGCAAAUCAAUUCCAAAGAGGAAAGCUAAAGAAAUCACUCCCAAGAAUGACAAUGUUUCAACAGAAAACAAUGAAUCAAGUGCCAAAAGAAUCAAAUCUGAUGACAAAAUUGGAAAUGAUAAAGAACAAAAUCAAGAAAAUCAAAAGACUCAAGAACCACCAAAGGAUUAUAUUCAUGUUAGAGCCAGAAGGGGUCAGGCCACAGAUGCACAUAGUCUUGCUGAAAGGGUGAGAAGAGAGAAAAUUGGUGAAAGAAUGAAGUUUUUACAAGAUCUUGUACCUGGCUGCAAUAAAGUGACUGGAAAAGCUGUGAUGCUUGAUGAAAUCAUUAACUAUGUACAAUCCCUACAGUGUCAAGUUGAGUUCCUCUCGAUGAAGUUAUCUAAUCUGAAUCCAACAACAGACUUCAACACAGAAUCUCUUACGUUCAAGAAUAUGUUUCAGUCUGUCGGGUCGUUGCAUCAUAACAUAAAUUCAGAAGAAAUCUCAGGACAUGAAUUUCCAUAUGGAUUCCAAUCUCAACAACGGCCAACUUUACAGAGUUUCUUACCAAAAGAAACAGAAUUUCCCUUUAAAAUUAAUCCUCAUUUGGAUGGUUUUGUGGAACAAACACCUCAGGUUCCAACAUUCUUCGAAGAUGAUCUUCAUAGUUUUAUCCAUAUGGGAUUUGGACAAAUUCAAGCACAGAACUUUCCUGGAAAUGUGCCCACAGCACAAAUGGAGCUGAAUUAUGAACAAAAGACCAUAUGAUCUCAUUUGUGGGAUUACACCAGAUAUGUUAUUCGAUUCAAGAACAAGGAUGGAGCUCAUUUCUCACUCCCAAUUCUUGAUUAAUUCAGUGAUUACUUUGGAUAAUCAUAAUGAUUAUCAUUAAUUAUUUCCCAUAUGGGACUGUUAUUAUUUAAUUAGUAGGCAAUUUCAUACACCACAUGGAGUGUUUGAACUCUAAUUGAUCACUUGUAAAUUAUUUUGUAAUUAACAUUGUAAGUUUUAUAACUAAUUCAUUGAGACUUUAUGACAUUUAAUUUCCUUUUUUUUAUU